AUGUCUCAUCUUCCCAAGAACUACCACAAAUGGUCAUCUCCCCACGACAAGGAGGAGGUGAAAAGAAUUGUCAUUGCAAAGACUGGAAACCCCCCUCCAGAUUACUGGUGGAUGGAUGAGGAGGAUAGGGAAAGUAUUGAGGAGGAGUGCUUCCCAUACAGACCAUUCGAAAAGCCAAAGUCAACCGCUCGUCGCCUCAUGUAUGAGGCCACUGAGUCAGCCAAAGCUAUUGCCAAAUCAUCAGCCAAAGCUAUUGCCAAACCCAAUCACCGUCCACAUGCCUACACUAACUUCUUUGAAGAGAUCGAACAGGAGGAAGCUCUGGCAUGCGAUAACAUGGAAUAUGAGCUGACCGAGGGCAGACUUGUCUUUAGGCCACCUGACUACAUUGAAGACUACGCUGAUCCAAGUGCUCCCUAUCAUCUUCACUGCACCAAGUGCCACCUCAUGCCAUGUGUGACCAAGACUUUGGAGGCAAAGGCCAUACUCAGGAAGGUGGUCAAGAACCAAAUGAUCAAACGACCCAAGUGCAAGAAACAACUGGUGGACAAUCUAACAACCAGCAUUGAUAAAAUCAGGUGCCAAGUUUUGGCAAUCAGAUACAGAAAAGUCAAUGUGUCUGCUUGUGUUAUUGAACAUGCCCUAAGUAAUGUUGCUUUCCGAGCACACUUACUACCCAAGAGUUUGAGAUUUGACUUUCCCAAUCCUGCUGACAUACCCCGCAAAAGUGAGGAGGAGAAAUCACAGGAGGAAGAAGCCAAGGCUCGUGCAGCUGCUGCUGCAAAGGCUGCCAAAGAGAAGAAGAGACAGGCAAUGAAGCGGGCAAUUAGGGACUUUGACUCUGACCAUGAUUCCUCUGACGAAGAAUACUACCGCAAGUACAUUGAAAUUAAGCCAUAUGACCAUAAAGGAUGGGCCCUGAUAAAUCAGAUGACGAAGGAAGUGGAUGAGAUCAUGAAGGGCAAGUAUACAAAAUGGACCUGCCGAGCCGCAGUUAAAAAAGUAGCCGCAGUAGCCACAGUCAAAAAAGUCAAUGAAGUAGUAGCCACAGUCAAAAAAGUCAAUGAAGUCGCUACUGUUACUCUCAAACCCAAAGCCACAGCAGCCAAAGCCACAGCCAAAGCCACAGCAGCCAAAGCCACAGCAGUCAAACCAGUCGUGUGGUACAGUGAUAGCGACAGUGACAGUGACAGUGACAGCGACAGUGACAGUGACAAGAAAGCCAUCCCAUCCACUAAUACUAAAUCUAUGGGGAACACCAGCAGCAGCAGCAGUCCUAGUGACAGUGACACAGAAGAGCACAGUUACACAGAUCCCAGUUACACAGAUCCCAGCAACCAAGGAGUCAUGGCCAAACUUGGUCAGUUGGCGGCAGAGGGAAAGCUUAUUUUCUCUCUCUCUGAUUUGGCAGAGUACAAGGAUUUGGCAGAGUACAAGGAAGAUGUAAUCACUACGGAAGAUGAAGAUGUGGAAGCCAACGCUGUUGCCAAUGUAAAUGUUGCCAAUGUAACUACCACUGUUGCCAAUGGCGAGUACAGGAGGGACGAGGAUGAAGAGGAUGAAGAGGAGGAUGAAGAGGUCCCAACUCAGUCAGCCUCUCAGUUCCCUACUCAGUAUGCCUCUCAGUUCUUCGGAGACGUACAGUCCGCCACUCACAUCAAAGAUAACCCCAUUGGUAAGAGAGCUAGCACGGCAAAGGACUUUGCCGGUAGAAAGGCCAAGAUCCCUAGGGUUUCAAUUGAACCAGCCGAUGUGCAGAGGAAGGACUUUGAAUGGGACGAGGAUUGUUCUUGCAGCAGUCAGGACUGUUCAUGCAGUGGCAGUCAGCCAUUCCCGGAGUCUUGCAGCCAGCCUUUCUCAGAAGAGUUCUAA